AUGCCGGACGGCGACGUGCUGGACAUUCUGUCGCUGUCCCAGCCCUCCAUUUCCUCACCCUCGGGGCCCUCCGAUGAGGGGGUCUUUUCACCCAAGUCUGAGCCAGCUUGGAGGACCAAGGACAUCGUUUUGAUCCGCCAUGGGCGAUCUUCGUGGAAUGAGUUCCUGGGCGCCCACAAGCGUGCUCAGUGGGAAGAACAGGAGCAGAAGCGGCAAGCCGCCGCAAAAGGCUCUGGUGGCGUGCGGAAUGUGCUCCGGUCUAUGGUUGGUCGUGGCGAAGGACAUGCUUCAGCUUACCCAGCACAGCCGAAGACGCAGACGGACCUCCUGGAUCUCGGGGAGGCGGGGGGACGAGCUUGCACGCCGUGUCUCGGAUGGUUCCAGAUGCUCUACGCGACCUUUGGCUCCUUUGUACCACUGGGUAUGCUGGUCUAUGGGUUGCAAGAGAGUUUUGCGAAAAGCUCUGGUGACUUCGCUUGCAAGUACUACAUGAUGGAUGUGCUGAAACUUGACGGUGCCACAAUGGGAAGGCUGCAGACCGCUGCAAAAGUCCCUUGGGACAUCAAACCUGUGCUUGGAAUGUGCUCGGAUGCCUUGCCGCUCUGGGGAUUUCACCGAACAUCGUACCUGGUGAGCGCGUGCGUGUUCAGCAGUUUUCUUUACUUGUGGGUUGGCUUCAACGCUGUGUCUGCACUGGGCCUUUAUGUAUGUAUGACUGGCCUCAAUCUAUCAAUCGCUUUUGCGGACUUGGUGAUCGAUGCUACCGCUGCCAGCCUCGCCAAGGAUCACCCGAAGGAAGCGUCUGACAUGCAGACCGCCUUCAACAUUGCACAGGCUUUAGGUGGCAUGGCAGCCAGCAGCAUCAAGGGAUAUCUCGUGGCUGUCUUGGGCUCACGUGGCACCAUGAUGAGCAAUGUGUUUUGCGCGGUUGCCGUGUUCAUUCCGGCCAUAAGACGCUGGCUGCCAGAAGAGCAGCUGCUUAGUGGCCACUGCACUCCAAAGCUGAGCCAAUUCCGGAGAAACUCCAGUAUCACUGCAGUGGCGAUUUUCCUGUCGGUGGUUGCUGUAGGGCUAUCUUUGUCACAAAUCUUCCUGCAGGAGUGGCGAACCCGAGCUUUGGUGACGCUAUUUUGCUGCAUAGUGGUCACCAUCAGCGCUUACAAGGCGAUGAGGAAGAUCUCUCCUUUCUUGGCCAAUACUGGGAUGCUCCUCUUCUGGCGAGCGGUUUUGCAGCCAGGUUUGGGGGAGGCGAUGUUUGUUUGGAUGUCGAAAGAUGAAGAAGGCCCUCGCUUUUCUCCACAGCUCAUGGGCUUAGCGGAUUGCUUUGGGCAAGCUGGCUUCUUGUUGGGCGUGGUGGUCUACAAUCGAUUCUUGAGGACUUGGAAGUAUCGUCGAAUCUUCCUGGUGGGGCAGAUCAUGGUGGUCGCAAGCCAGGUGCUCGACUUCAUCUUAGUCAUGCGCUGGAAUCAGGCGCUGGGGAUUCCUGACGUUUUGUUUUUUCUGGGUGAUAGCACCUUCAAAGAGGCGGUGGUGAAGACCUUCUACGUGCCGCUGGUGGUGCUGGCCUACAAGGUUUGCCCUUCGAAUUUGGAGGGUACAAUCUUCUCCACACUGAUCUCCUUGAACUGCAUCGGAGUUAGCAGCGGAAAGUAUUUAGGUAUCACUUUGUGCGACGUUUGGGGCAUUGUCGACGGCAACUUUGACCACCUACCCCAUGGCGUUGUGUCAAAAGCGCUUGUUCGGCUGCUGCCAAUCCCGCUCAUACUGAUGCUGUCACCAGAUUUGACCCCUGACGAUCCAAUUCCUCAGGAUCCUCACACGCACAGUCAGCAGAAUUGA